AUGGCAAAUGAAAGGAAGGAGGAAGAAACCAAAUGCUCCAUCGAUCCCUACGAGCACUUAAGUAUAGUGCUCAACCCAGACGGUACGCUAACCAGACUGAAAACCCUGGAUAAAGUGGAAGCAGUAAGCGAUACGAAAACGGCGGCAUCCGCCUCCGUCUCCGGACGAAACGUUCUCUCUAAAGAUGUGACCCUGAAUGCUGAAAGGAACACUUGGGUGCGUAUUUUCCGACCUGUAAGCCCACAUGCCAAUGAUCAGACCGUGGUAGGCCUUCCUCUGAUUAUUUACUUUCACGGUGGUAACUGGGUGCUUAACAGUGCGGACACCAUCUUCUGCCACGACUUCUGCGAAUGUUUUGCACGAAUAGGACCUGCAGUCAUCAUCUCCGUUAAUUUUCGUCUCCCUCCGGAGCACCGGCUACCGGCAGCCUAUGAAGACGCGGAGGAUGCAUUGGUGUGGGUGAAGAACCAGGCGAUAAUCCCCAACGGCGAUCCGUGGUUGAGGAACUUUGCUGACUUCUCUAGGUGUUUCCUUGCGGGGUGGAGCACUGGUGGCAACAUUGCCUUCCAUGCCAGGCUGCGCUCCUUAGACUUGGACCUUAAGCCUCUGAAAAUCGUCGGGACUGUGUUGGACCAGCCUGUGUUUGGCGGAACCCAGAGAACCCGAUCGGAAAAGAAAUACGCCAAUGAUCAAAUCCUCCCUUUAAAGGUGACUGAUUUGAUGUGGGAGUUGGCAUUGCCCAUCGGGGCCAACCGAGACCACCAAUAUUGCAAUCCCAUGCUUGAUGCCAAUCUCAGCAAUAAGGUUGGAUCAAUUGGGAAGGUUUUGGUGAGGGGUUACGGUGGAGAAGUAACCAUCGAUCGGCAGCUGCAGUUGGUGGAGAAGCUGUUGCAACGUGGGGUGAAGGUUGAGGCUCGGUUUGAUGAUGUUGGUUUCCAUGGCAUCGAUCUAAUUGAUCCUCGAAGGGCCAUGAACACCCUGGAUAUCGCCAAACAUUUCAUGCUCAACUGCUAG